CCAAUUUCUCCGUCGUCUUCCUAAGCUCCGCAGCCUCCCCAACUCCGGCCGGCUGAAACUGGACGGGCGGCGGGACUGCAGGAGUCACCUCCAUGGCCUCGGCCGCAACCCUCCCCAAGUUUCAGUCAAGGCCAAGAUGCCGCAGCUACUUUCAGGUCCCAUUCUCCUACUCUCCCUCGUGAAGGUUCAGUUCAUCAGUUGCCCUGUAGAUUACUUCCAACAAACAAUUGCACUAGCCCUUGGCCGCGGGCACUCAUCUCGGCAUUCUCAACCCUCAGUCUUCAGUGUUCAGGCUUGCUUUCACAGGUUCCUUCGUUCCGGUUCCGGUGUAGGAACAAGUUUGAGGCACACAUUCCAGCCGGUGUCUGCAGUUGGAUCAGGUCGGGACUCGUCGAUCACUGAAGCCGACAGGAAGAGCGACCUGUCGCUGGAGAACGUCAAGACGUCUGUUGCGUCCCGUGACGGUGAUAAGAUCAAUGUACGAGUGCAGUUGCCUGGGAAGGCAACACAAAAGGUGUUUGAUGAAGCCCUGACGAUCUUGUCUCGUGAUGCACCGCCGGUUCCUGGUUUCAGAAAGUCCAAGGGAGGGAAAACGUCAAAUAUACCCAGCAGCAUCCUCCUGCAGAUGCUUGGCAAAAGUCGGGUCACCAAGUUCGUCCUUCAGGAGAUACUGAGCAUCACCAUCGAAGAAUUUGUCAAGAAGGAAAACAUCAAGGUGAACCCAGAGAUCAAGACGACCCAGACCGAAAGCGAGAUGGAGUCGGCGUUCACUCCUGGUUCGGCGUUCGGGUUCAAUGUUAUCCUGCAGCUUGAGAAAUCUGAUUCUGAUGAGGAUUCAGAGGAGCAAUCUGACUCCUCAGAGUAGAAAGAACAGGCUAUCCCCUGCAUACAUUUAUCACGCUCAUGUGCUCUCUCUUAUGAAUGGACUGAUUGGAAAGUCGUUGCAACUGUUUUGAUUUUGCAAGUUGCAACUGGAACAUUUCUGAAGAUAUGAAUAGCCGCACUGAACAUGAAUACACAGAGCACAUCUGCUUCA